UUGCAGGCCCACCGCCCACUACAGAUUCUACUGAACACAUAGCAAAACACAGGAUCGACUCGUCAGUUUCAGACAACUUCAGUAGCACUAGCCAACCUCCUUGAGUAACUUUUCUGUUAUUUAGCAAUUGGUUCGGUGGCUGGAGAAUAAGACGUCACCAACUCAGUGGGCGCACGCUCAAAAGAUCCAUGAAGUGUUAGUUUCUCUCUAUUUUGAACGGGGAACAAAGUUUUAGCAAGUAAGAGGACGUGCUUGUAGGUGAUCAGACUAACUUGUGCAAAGCUGUCGAGGGAGGAGCUCACACGGUUUCGCUAGUCCAGAAGUCUCAACUCCAGUCUUCAGUCCUCUGCGAGCUUCAGUGACACGGCCGCUAGCGAUGACGACAUGAACGCCACUGGACUACUGGUGCCUGUGCUCCCACGUCGCCGCUCCCCGCAAAGCAUUCCUCCAACCCCUCGCCCAGGUCUGUCCUGCCCUGCCAUUCCACCUACUUCCUCCAAUUUUGACAGCUCUUAAACCCGGACAGCUCGUCACCGUCGUCCUCGUCGUCAUUGCCGCGGCACUCGCCGUCAGUCUGUCGCCGCACUGACGCAGCAGCUUCCAACAGCAGGGGCUCACGCACGCGGCGCCCCUCCCCCAUGGAGUCGCAGCGGCUGCGGGUCCUGGACACCGCGCGCCUGUCGCCACCCGCCCCGGCGCCGCACGCCGUGGCGCCGCUCCCGCUCUCCGGCCUCGACGCCGACCGCAACGUGCUCGACGUCACCUUCCGCACGCUCCGCUUCUUCCCGCCUCCCCCGCCGUCCGUCGACCCCUUCGCGGUCCUCCCCCGCGCGUUCGCCGCCGCGCUCGGCCUCUUCCCCGCGCUCGCGGGCCGCGUCGUCCGCGACGGCCACGUCGCCCUCGACGCCGGCGCGGUGCCCCUCGUCCUCGCGGCGUCUGAUCUGUCGGCAGCCGACGUCGACACCGACAGCCCUGGAUCGGCGCUGCUCGACUGCCUCGCGCCGGGGGACGGCAAUGGCGGCGGCGUCGCGGAUGGCCCGGCGCUUGCGCUCCAGGCCACGCGGUUCGCGUGCGGCGGCGUCGCGCUCGGGAUGCGGGUGGCGCACGCGCUCUGCGACGGCGCGGGCGCCACCAAGUUCCUCGCCGCCGCUGCGCGGUUCGCGCGCGGGAUGGGUUCACCCGACGUGGCGCCAGUGUGGGAACGUCGAGAGCUGCUGGGGCCGAGGCAGCCGUCUCGCGUGGCGACGCCGGUGUUCGACCGCGUCCUCGAGCUCGACGGCGACGUCGCGCGGUGCGGGCCGUACGGCGCCGCGGGGGAAUGGCACGAACAGCAGCGGCAGCUCGCCAGGGAGUGCUUCCACAUGAGCGACGCGCGCGUGGAGGCGCUCAGAGCGCGGCUCGCUGACGAGGCCGGUCUCAGGCUCACGACCUUCGAGGUCGUCGCCGCGUUCAUCUGGCGCGCCAAGGUCAAGGCAAACGGGACCAGCUCCGGCGAGGUGGUGAAGAUGGUGUACUCCAUGAACAUCAGCAAGCUCGUCGACCCGCCGCUCCUCGACGGGUAUUGGGGCAACGUGUGCGUCCCGGUGUACGUCGCCCUGGCCGCCGGCGACCUCACCGCCCAGCCACUGGCGGCGACGGCCGCCCUGAUCAGGAAGAGCAAGCAGGCCGUGGAUGACGAGUACGUGCGGUCCUACAUCGACUUCCAGGAGCUUCACCGCGGCGAGGGCGUCACGGCGGGCGCCGUGAGCGCGUUCACGGACUGGCGGCGGCUCGGCCAUGGCGACGUGGACUUCGGGUGGGGCGGCCCCGACGCCGUGCUGCCUCUCUCGUGGAGGAUCCUCGGGAGCACGGAGCCGUGCUUCCUGCUGCCCUACGGCGCCGGGGACGAGAGGCGGCGACGGGGGUUCAAGGUGUUCGUUGCGCUGCGGCGCAUAGCGGUGGCUGACUUCAGAGAGGAAAUGCAGGACCUGGUGAUGCAGCAGCAGCAGAGUUCUGCGGGAAAAUUGUGAAUUUGUUACUGACAGUCUGAUACAGCAAACUGAAUAAUCCGCAUCGAAUUUGAACUGAAUCCUCAUUUGGAUCAAAUAAACCCUUUGGAGAA